AUGGCGUCAAAUUCUCCAAGCUCGCCGUCAAAGCCAAUGCGCAAGCACCUCAAGAAGAUGUCGAAGGCGAUAAUGAAAUCCCACCGAGUCCAGCUCCCAAAAUACGACUUACCCAUUCGACUGCGCCCGUGGUUCCUCGUAUUCACCUGCGCGAUAAUGGUGAUACUCGCUUUCUUAGGUUUCACAAACUUUUCCAGGGCCCUUCCCCUGAACGACAAGUUCCUACACUUUACUUGCUUGUGCAUAGCGACCGGCGUGUUUUACUUUAUAUUCGACGUAGAGGAAGAAGCUCGUAGAAUAUGGUUUUGGCGCCAUUCAGGGUUGAUAUUUACCGCUGUCGUGUGCUUCUUCUUCGGUGGUUUCGUCAGCGAGAUAGUGCAGUCCAUGCUUCCUAAAAAGGAAUUUCAAUCUGGCGAUGUGGUGGCAAAUUGGCUGGGUUCCACCGUCGGACUCUAUCUGGCAUAUCACAUUGAGAAAUAUUACCGUGCGCGGCGAGAGAUUGCACGCCUAUACCGCCCUUUAGAGACGGACGAUAUUUCCGAUGCAGACGAUGCGUCAGAUGACGAAGGCACCUCUGGAACGCAGCUUCUUCCCUUGUACUCUCAUCCUUCGGCCCCUUCUAAGCCGAAGCCUGUUAAAGCCGCCCGCUUAAACGACGUCUGGGACGAAAGAGAAGAGUUGUUUGAUAUUGGCGAAGACAGCGGCGAAGAGGAUGGUGCAGGCACACCACGACCGCAGCACGAGAGAUCCGAAGACGUUCCCCCUCCCCUUCCGAAGAUAGUUAUCACGAGUUCAUGA